UUUAUCACAGCACACACUCCUGCACAUCAUCACACACACCGUGUAAUCGUGCAUGCACACACAGCUUCACCCUCACCUCUGAGAGCCACCAAAAACCUCAAGAUGGGAAAAAUCAACGGAUGCCUCAAAUGUCUCUUUAUCUUCUUCAAUGUGGUGUUUGCAAUCAUCGGAUGCCUGAUGGUGUUCGGGGCGGUGAAGGCCAGCGCCUACAGCCACCAGAUGUUGUCGGUUGGGGCCCCGAGCCUGGGGUGGAGUUGGGUGUUUGCCAUCGGCAUCCUCGGCAUCUCCUGCCUGGGAAUCUACGCAGGAUGCUCUGAGAAAGACUUGGCCCUCAAAAUAUUUGCAGGCUUCAUGGGCGUUGGAAUGAUCAUCAUGCUGAUCUUCGGCAUCAUCGUCGCUGUCACAAGAAACAAGAUCAAAGCGAGCUUUGACACUGCCUCCGCUGAAUUGUCUAAGCCUUUUAUGGAAGACCCUGAAAUGAGACUGAUGCUUGACGGACUACAGCAAUCUGCUUACUGCUGUGGAGUGGUGAGCUCCUCUGACUGGGGUGAUAACAUCCCCGACUCCUGCGAGUGCAAGUCUCAGUAUGGAUUAUAUCCAGGAUUUGGAGUAUCUGGAUGUAAACCCUUACCCCAGGGAGCCAGAGGGCCACAGCAGAUCUAUAGACAGACCUGCGGUGAUUUCAUCUUUAUGUGGUUGGACCUCAUCUUCCGGGUCGCCAUGGGCAUCUUCUUUGGAUUUGCUGUCACCGCAUUGCUGGGCCUGCUGGUCUCCCUCCUGAUGAUCUAUCAGAUCAAACGUCACGACGGCUCCGGAGGAUCUUCCAUCGGCAUGAAGAGCUACUAAAAGGAAGCCUCCACCCCUGACCCCUCCCCUUUAACCUCUGCACUGUAACAGGAGGACUCAUAGACUGUAUCAAAGAAGUGCACAAAGCCAUCAGCUCUAAAAAAAGUGAAGCCGAUGUGGAAGUCCCUUAAACUACCAUUCUUACUAAUGGCCAGCAGGGGGCGGAUCCAGUCAUAUUAUAUAGAAGUCAAUAAGAAAAUGAUCCUACCGCUCACUCACUAAACAUUUUUGGAUUGGGUGUAUGAUCUCAAUCGCCAGAUUCAAGUCUAUGAUCUACAUUUUACAAGUUGCUACCACGGCAACCUGUCACUCCAACACAUUCUUACCCCCCAGAUGUUUUAAUAUUUUUUAGAUGUUUUAUUGAUAUUUUGUGACAAAUCUUUUCGUACAUUUUAAUAAUAUUUUUCAACAUGUUACAUACCAGUUCCUGUUUUCACAGUUUCUGCUUGUUAGAUGAUACAGUCUCUUUAAAAACAAACUAACAAAAAAAACUUUGGUAAAAUACUGUGCAUUUACGUAUAUUUUAUUGUGCAACAAAUGCCAGUGGUCAGGUUUAGAAAACGAUUAUAGUUUGGCUUAAUAUGAGAAGCGAACACCAGGCUCCUGGGUAUGGCGUUUUAACCUGAUGCCAUCCUAUGGCUUUAAUAACUGAUGCCGUUAUGUACUGCUGCGACAGGAUGUCUGUUUUGUUGGAGUCUGAUGCAGACGUCAAUGACCAAGUGGCGGCAUUUAAAGACUUCAUAAUGAGAGCGGGUUUGUCAAACAGAAUAGGAGGCGUAUAAUGGUGCGUUCCAGGCAGGCUUUUGAACUCGUAAGUCACGACUUCAACUCACGAGUUACGACUUUGUAGCGUUCCAGGAAAGUUACGGCAAACUGCCAGUUACUUCCUGUUCAACGUUGAACAUGGCGAAACCGUAUGUUUGUGCUUCCCCAAUAUUUCUAUCGCCAAAGGUGCCUGCUCCUUGCUCAUUUGAGCGAAACGGAGGAGGAAAAACAGCGCACAAGGUCACAGAUGCCAUUAUACUUUUUAUUUUACGUUAUCUGUGUGUUUGGAAACGUAUUUUGUAUUGAUUAUUCUUGCACUGGAAACCAGCUGUUAGAGCGGCUGCCAAUAAUGCGUUAACAUUAGGGUUAUUUUAUGUCUAUUUCUCACCAUGUAUCACCUGCAUCAACACCGCAUCCAUAGGGCUGCCAUUGUUAUUUAGAGGAGUAAGGUAAUUGGUUUAGAGGGCUGUGUGACGUCAGAAAGCAUAACUGGGAGUACAUCGAUCUGGUACGAGUUCACGGGUGGGAAGUUACGGUUUUGACUGCCAUUCCAGUGCACUUUCACGGGUUACAGGUUGUGAAAACACGAGUUACGGGUUGCCUGGAAUGCACCAUAAUUUAGAUCCACCCCUCACUCCUCCAUAGCUCCACCCUCUUGUCCAAAUAUGGCCACUUCUGGCUCCAAAAAACCAAGAUGGUGAUGUCUCAAUGCUGAAACAGUCGUCCACAAACCAACGGGUGGCGUCACGCUGGCUACAUCCACUUCUUUCAUACAGUCUCUGAGAGGACUCAGUGGUCAGUCCCUGACCUCUUCUUCUUUGCUUUUUUUUUUUCGUCAUUUAGCCCCUCAGAGAGCGACAGGGUAUGCAGGAGACGGACGGAGGGCGUGGCACGCUGCAGAAAGAGUUCAUUUGGGAGGAAAAGUGCUGCAUCGCAGUGUUUUUUACUUCCAGCUUUAUAUUGUAGAGUUUAUUCCUUUAAUAUCAGACAUUUAUUUUUUGUGAAUCAGUAUAUUCUCUUUGUGUCAUUGAUGGUAUGCAGUAUUAUAGCAGUCUCGUGUAACAGAGACAUAUUGUACAAAAGAAGCAGCAUUUAGCUUAAAUGACUUAGUUACCUGUCAGCAGGCGUGUUUACUCUUCACUAACUGGCCUUUAAAUUCAUGUGGAGGUGGAUUCAUGGGAGCUGCUAAUUGUCGUGUCAUGAUAAAUCUAAUCCAAUCAGAAUCCACACGGACAAUAAUAUUUUAAACAGAUUGGGAAACAAAACCUGCAGAUUUGAGCGUUUUUUGUAUUUCUGGCAACAUCCUCAGACUUCCAUCUUAAUAUUCGGGCAUUUUAUUUUGAAAUGUAAUCGUCAAAAUUAAAGAAACGAUUUAACCCUUUGUGCUUUUGGGAUGUGGCCAGUAACAUUAUUUAUGAAGGAACUGCCAACAUAAAGUUACCACUAAAGAUUUCAGAGUCUGCUCGGGUCAGAAGAACACUUAAGCUGCCACCUGUGUGUGUGUGUGUUUGUGUGUGUGUAGGACAAUGAGCUCACAUAUUUGCUGUGCAUAUACAUAUCUGUCUAUGUAAAGUGCGUCAGUCGUAAAAACAAAACACUCCACUCAACUCCUGCCGUGUAGUUGGAGACAUCACCCCACGUGGCUAAAUAACAUCCUUAUAAGUGACGUUGGGAACAAAACUUCCACCUGUGUUGGUGCACCUGUUCACAUGGAGGUUAAUAUAAGAUUAGAUCACUUAAUUCAUAGUGUGAGGAUGUGACGACCCACACAGCAGCCCAGGGUUUCAGUUCUCCCACUAACUGUGAACACAUCACCACCAUUAAAUAAAAAAAGGGAUCAUGAUUUAGAUGGAAGACAAAUAUUGUAACAGGAACUGUUUUAUUGUGAAAUCUGCACUCUUAUCAUUUCAGAAUAAACUCCAGAGACUGAAUAUA